GUGAUACAUUAAGAACUACUUAAGUUUGGCCACUUGAUUCUAACCCGAUCGCAGCAUGGAUGCAUCAGUAAUCUUGCCGGGGGAAGGAGAAGGAUAUGUUCGAUGCCUGGAGGCCUUUUCUCUCAGGGAUGUAGGCUCUCAAAGGUGGUUCAGACAACACGAGUAUGUAGUGAAACUGAACAUGCAAGCCAUAAUAAGUGCCUCUUCAGCACAUGAUGAAUAUGUCAAGGAGCUCCUGGUGACGCAUAGAAAGAUACCAACUCUAGUCCAUGAGUUGAUUCUAGUCGAGGUGUGGAAACAAAAAGUGUUCCCUGUUCUCUGUCAGUUGCAGGACUUCAACCCAAAGAGCACAUUUCCUCUUUACAUGGUGAUACACUACGAAGCUACAGUCAUAAACCUGCUGGAAACAAUCAUGUUUCAUAAGGACUCCUGUGAGGCUGCUGAAGACUCUGUACUUGACUUGGUGGACUACUGCCACCGCAAGCUCACGCUGCUGGCCAGCAGAACCUCCAGGGACGGCCCCCCGACAUCGGACCAACCAAGCCCGGCCGGUACCCCUGGGGAUCCGUCCACCAUGCAGGAGCUGCAGACACAGAACGCGGCGCUGGAGUUUGAGAUCUCCCUCAAGGCCUUGUCUGUGCUGCGCUACAUCACUGAUCAUACUGACAGCAUCAGUGUGAUCAACCGGCUGCUGUGCAUCCAUAACAUGCCCUGUGUGUUGGUGCAGCUGAUUCACUGCUGCCCUUGGAGUCGCUACACAGCAGGCAAAGUUGAGAAGUACAUGAACGGCACAUGGCAGAAGAUCCCCCCUGAAGACCAUCUAAAGAUGAGCAAGCUGGACGGCCAAGUGUGGCUCUCGCUCUACAACCUGCUUCUCAAGGAAGACUGCCAACGCAAAUAUGACUUCAACAACUUCAACAAAAAUACGAUUUUGAAGCUUAGAGGUUUCCUGACAGAAGUUUUGAUCGACCAGCUGCCGAACCUACUGUCCUUCCAGCGGUUCCUCGCUCACCUGUCCGUAACAGACCCCGCCCCCCCCAAGAGAGAUCUCAUUCUUGAACAGAUCCCGGAGAUCUGGGACCACAUUGUGCACGAGAAUGCAGGCAAAUGGAAGGCCAUCGCUAAGUAUCAAGUAAAAGAGACGUUCAACCCCUCUGAGAAGGACCUCAGACAACAGGCACAUAGACUAGCACAGACCUACAGCUUGGAUGUGCUGGAGAGUCUGCUCCCUGAGAAGCCCAAGUGUGGAUGCUGUGGAGGGGAGGCGACUAAGAGAUGCUCCCGUUGCCAGGGAGAAUGGUACUGCAACAGGGAAUGCCAGGUGAAGAACUGGUCCAAACAUAAGACUGCAUGCAAGCUGAUGUCAGAGGCAUCCGAGGAGAUACAGAAGACCUUCAAUAGCCAACCAUGACAGAGAAAACGUUUUAAUUGGAUACCACAAAUGGAAAGAAUUUUAAUUUGUGCUCUAAACCAAAGAGUUUGAAUCGAUUGACAUUUUCUCAACCUAGUUUUUGUAUUUCUGAACGUGUUCUUCUACGAAGGGCUACAUUUCCUGAUUGAAAAUGAAUUCCAAAUGUUUCAAUAAAAUGACUACAUGGGCGUGUCAAAUAUAACAGAAUAAAAUGUG